GAUGGAAAGUUUCAAUGAAAAGUGGGAGCCUGUCUUAUAUUCUGCCAUGUAAUCGCCUGCCUGUGCAGUUGAUGAGUCAAGUGAGAGUUUAUACCUCCAAUGGUCAGAAGAAAGAUCUUGGAUCACAAGAUACAAAUGGAUCACCCCAUGGAGAAACCCUGCAUAAAGUUGAAACAGGACAAGAUACAACCAAUGCAGGACAAAAGCAGUCUUCACCUAAACAGCCAAUCCAAGUAAAAGUGAAACCAGUCCUUAAAAAAAGAGAGUAUGGACCAAAAUACACACAGAAUAACUUCAUCACUGGAGUCAGAGCAAUAAAUGAGUUUUGUCUUAAAUCCAGUGAUUUAGACCAGCUGAGAAAAAUUAAACGACGAAGUCCCCAUGAUGACACUGAGACUUUCACGGUGUACCUGAGGUCGGACGUAGAGGCAAAGUCUCUUGAAGUUUGGGGUAGUCCAGAGGCUCUUGCCAGAGAAAGAAAGCGACGUAAAGAGGCAGAGAUCAAGUACAGAGAAAAUCUGUUUAGAAACCAAAGGCUGUUGUGGGAAUACAAGGAGUUCUUUGGAAAUACUAAGCCACGCUCCAGUACAGCAGCUAUGUUUUUCAAGGGACCAGGGAAGGUGGUAAUGGUAGCUAUUUGCAUAAAUGGGUUGAAUUUUUUCUUUAAGUUGCUUGCUUGGGUUUACACGGGUUCUGCAAGUAUGUUUUCAGAAGCCAUACAUUCUUUAGCAGACACAUGUAACCAGGCAUUGCUGGCUUUGGGCAUCAGUCAGUCUGCAAGGACACCUGACCCUAGUCAUCCGUAUGGUUUCACAAAUAUGCGCUAUAUUGCCUCCCUGAUCAGUGGAGUAGGCAUUUUCAUGAUGGGUGCAGGACUUUCUUGGUAUCAUGGGAUCAUAGGUUUACUCCACCCUCAUCCUGUAGAAUCUCUUCUCUGGGCAUACUGCAUUUUAGCAGGAUCAUUGGUAUCAGAAGGAGCCACCCUGCUUGUUGCUAUAAAUGAAAUUCGGAGGAGUGCUCGAGCCAAGGGUCUUUCAUUUUAUCAAUAUGUUGUGCAGAGUCGUGAUCCCAGUACCAACGUGGUGUUACUGGAGGAUGCUGCAGCAGUCCUGAGCGUGGCUGUAGCUGCUACCUGUAUGGGACUGACUUCUUUAACAGGAAACCCCUAUUACGACAGUGUGGGGUCUCUGGGUGUUGGAACUUUGUUAGGAACUGUGUCAGCAUUUCUAAUCUACACUAACACUGAAGCCCUGCUGGGACGAUCCAUCGAGCCUGAGCAGCUGCAGCGGCUCACCGAGUUCCUGGAGAAUGAUCCUGUAGUAAGAGCAAUUCAUGAUGUUAAAGCCACAGACAUGGGAAUGAGCAAAGUAAGAUUCAAGGCAGAAGUAGACUUUGAUGGACGUGUUGUUACUCGGUCUUACCUGGAAAAACAAGAUAUUGAACAGCUGCUACAAGAAAUUCAGCAAGUGAAAACCCUUGAAGAAUUAGAAGCCUUUAUGCUUAAGCAUGGUGAGAAUAUUGUUGACACGCUGGGAGCUGAAGUAGACAGACUUGAGAAGGACCUGAAGCAACGAAAUCCUGAUGUUCGUCAUGUGGAUUUGGAGAUACUGUAGACUUGAACAGGAGAAGUCUCCAGGUUGCUGCCUUUGUGGGAAGAAGUGACAUGAAGGGCUGUAAAGCUUCUGGGAUUGCAGAACCUCAGCACCAUACCUCGCUUCCUUUGCCCUCUGCUUCCUGGACUCCUAGCACUGCUUCUGUUUCUGGAAGAG